AUGUAUUGUGUAAAAUCUUUAAUUACUCAUGUAGGACACAGGAACAUAAAAAACCUUAUGAUAAAACCUAGAGUUAUAAAACGAAACUUUAUUAAAAUAUCUCGAAGUUACUCAUCAAAAUUCGCUGAAGAUGAGGAUGAUACAGAAAAUAUUGUUAAUGAUAUAUGUAAAGGGGAUCCUGAAAAAGAGAAGAAAUUAAGAGUGUUGAUGUUGGAAGUAGAAGUCAUGCGGCAAGAUGGAAGGACAGCCCCUGAGAGAAUGAAUACUUCUAAUUGGAAAAAUUUAUUAGAACUUAAGUCUCAAAAUCAAAAAACUAGCUAUCUGAGUUACUUAUGGAAAAAUGAAAUGUCAAAAAUAAAUCUGAAGGCCAGGAAAGAUGCUAGAAGGAGAGAGUUGGAUGAAAUGGAUGAAGAAGAAGUUAAAGAAUACCCAGAUGACUUAUUGUAUGGUAUAAAACAUCUAUCACUGUUUCUACGCAUUCGAGACCAAUCAAUAAAUAAUUUUGAUAAUUAUAGAGCCCUUCAAGCAUUGACAUAUGGCCAAUCAGUAAUAAUUGAUUGUUCAUAUGAAGAGCACAUGGUUAAUAGAGAAAUAUUAAAUGCUGCCAAACAAUUGACCUAUGUCUUUGGUGAUAAUAGGUUGCAUAAAGAACCCUUUAAUUUACAUUUAUGCAAUGUUAAUAAAGAAGGAAAAUUUAUGGAACAAUUCAAGAAAAAUGUACCUUCAUUGGAAGAACCCUGGUUUCCAUUAAAUAUUCAUACUAAAUCUUACUUGGACUUGUUUCCUAAAGACAAAUUAGUUUACCUGACACCUCACUGCAGAGAAGAAUUAACAUAUUUUGAUCAUGAUGCUGUAUAUAUAAUUGGUUGUAUGGUGGAUAAGAUGAAUAAUGAACCUCAUUCCUUAGCAAAAGCAAAGAGAGAUGGAAUCAAAAUGGCCAAGCUCCCUCUCGAUAGAUACUUAGAAUGGGCACCAGGUUCCAAAAAGAAUUUAAAUAUUAAUCAUAUGAUCCCAAUACUUUUGGAUUUGAAGUCAACAGGAGACUGGGAUUACUCAUUGAGACAUAUACCUAGACGAAAAUUAAUGGAAACAAAAAUAAAGGCUAUGCAAAACAAACUCGAAAAUUCAGGAAAGAUGAAAGAUAUUAAAAGAUAUAUGAACUUGCGUGUGAGUGAUAGAAGUGUUUUCCUCGAUAAAAGAAAUACAUCUAGGAAGUCACUUUAUGAUGAUGAAAAUAUAUAA